GUCUGUGUCUCCCUUCGCCUGCUCUGUCUCUCCAUUAAUUGCUCUCGGACUCGGCGGACUGCAAACGAAGCUAUCUGACGUCGACGCCGAUACUGUCAAAGGCGCCUUCCUGACCUCCUGGACUCGCACAUAUCCCGGACGCCUUUCAGCACGCUAUGGCCAGUCUCAUUGCCAUCCUCGACCUCAAGGGGAAACCUCUCAUUCAGCGUUCCUACCGCGAUGAUGUACCGCCCUCCUAUAUUGAACGCUUCUUGCCAAUAGUCCUUGAUCUUGAAGAAGAGGGACAACAAGUGACACCAUGUUUCACCAGGGAGGGUGUCAAUUACAUGCACAUCCGCCAUUCCAACCUCUAUCUCCUCGCACUGUCAAAACGGAACACGAAUGCCGCCGAGAUCAUCCUCUUCCUCCACCGUCUGGUCUCUGUCCUGGUCGAGUACUUCAAGGAGCUUGAAGAGGAGUCCAUCCGGGACAACUUUGUCAUCAUCUACGAGCUCAUGGAUGAGAUGAUGGAUUUCGGUUACCCCCAAACAACGGAGAGCAAGAUUCUCCAAGAAUAUAUCACCCAGGAGUCGUACAAGCUCGAAGUACAAGUACGGCCACCAAUCGCUGUCACGAAUGCUGUGUCAUGGCGAUCCGAGGGUAUACGCUACCGGAAGAAUGAGGUCUUCCUGGAUGUCAUUGAGAGCGUCAACCUGCUGGUGAACGCGAACGGCAACGUCGUUCGCUCCGAAAUCCUCGGCGCUGUGAAAAUGAAGUGCUACCUCUCAGGCAUGCCUGAACUCCGCCUCGGCCUGAACGACAAGGUUAUGUUUGAGAGCACGGGCCGCAACGCGCGGGGCAAGGCGAUCGAGAUGGAGGACGUCAAGUUCCACCAAUGUGUGCGUCUCUCAAGAUUCGAGAACGACCGCACCAUCUCGUUCAUCCCGCCCGACGGCGAGUUCGAGCUCAUGUCGUACCGUCUCUCCACGCCGGUCAAGCCGCUGGUGUGGGUCGAGGCCGCAGUAGAGCACCACAAGGGGAGCAGGAUCGAGUACAUGGUGAAGGUCAAGGCGCAGUUCAAGCGGAGAAGUACGGCGAACAAUGUGGAGAUCUACGUACCUGUCCCAGAUGAUGCAGAUACCCCCAAGUUCAGGGCAUCAACGGGUAGCGUAUCCUACGUACCAGACAAGUCCGCGUUCGUAUGGAAAAUCAAGCAACUGGGAGGUGGUCGCGAGUUCCUCAUGCGCGCACAUUUCGGUCUCCCUUCCGUACGCGGGGAACAUGAAUCGCUGGACAAGCGUGCCCCCAUUACCGUCAAAUUUGAGAUCCCGUACUUCACCGUCUCCGGCAUCCAGGUGCGAUACCUGAAGAUCGUCGAGAAAAGCGGCUACCAGGCUCUCCCGUGGGUUCGCUACAUUACGCAGAACGGUGAUGAUUACAGUCUACGGACGGCUCUUGAGAAGGGUAGCGCGCAGAUUGUUCAGAGUGUGUGAGUUCGGGGUGGCGCUCCUUGCGCGUUGUAGAUGUGUAUGUGUGUACGCACACGGUGUAUUCUAUAAAUAUGGCGCCCUGGGUGUUGUAGAUGGCGCCAGCAGAAGUCACGCCAGCUUAGACUUUAAUCUCAACAUACGGGAAUCCG